GCCGUAAUAUUUAUCGUCAACAUCCCCAGCGGAGCUUUCCUCACAAGAUGUGAAAUCGAUGCGCUUUAUAGCCCCAGGAUCUUCAUCCCACGCAAACCUGCCGUUUUGUGUUUUAUAUCGGCUAGAGGAGAGUAAACGGAAACACAUCGACGCGCGCAGGACACACGGUACAUAUUUCGCGUCCUGUUUGGAGACCCGCACAACGGAAAGUCCGUUCGCUCCGUCACUGACAGCGUCUUCACAUCGUUCUCUCAGAACGAAACAUACUUACUUUUAUGGAAAGGGAAUACAGACUUGCGCACUAAUAAUCUGAGGUGACUUGAUGAAUUCAUACGAAAUAAAUAAAAUCAAGGAGCAAGAGAAAGAUUUUUUUGGUGUGUUUUUAAAGCUUCUGACGAGAAAGUUCGCGCGGUCCUGAACAGCUGCACAGCUUAACUAAAAGAUGCGCGCGGACUCAGACUACACUGAGGUGCGGUGUACAGUACGACUCUUUUAAAGCUUCACCGUGCUAUUGUCAUCAAUUUACCUGCUUUUUUUUAUCAGGUAUUGGCUCUGUUUAGUAAAGGAGGAUAUCUGUUGCUCGAGAACCGCUUCAACCAUUAACGUUUUAGCAGGCUUCUCGUUGUUUCGGCGCUCGUGUUCAUCUUUAGAAAUAAAGAGGUAUUGUUGUUUACCGAGUUUACCGGCGCCUCACGGGCUUCUGCAAUGCGAGGCUCGGAUUCAGACCGCUUGACAUUUCUUUGGAAAGCCAUUCGACUGUCAAAUUAUCACUGAAUCAAAUCGAAUGAGCCGGACACCUGGAUUGCUGAGUCGCAAGUGAAACUGUGUGGGCUGACUCGAUUCGAGUUUUACUUCUUCUUGGAAGCUCACGGCCUAUUGAACACAUUAGCACCUGUCACAUCAGUCCAGCCAAGGUCAUCGCUCCUUCCCUUCAUUCUCCAUCCGACUGUUAAACACCAAGUCCCAGCGCUCUGCUCUUCUACAAUGGAGAGCCUAAGUGAGCUUCAGAACCCUCUUCUGGAUAAGAACAGCAAGCACAUGGUGAUGGCCGACUACGGCUACGGAGGCGACUUCCACAGCAACCAGUACCAGGAGAACAUUAUAAACUACUUUGUGACUGGUGGAGGAGGUGGAGGAGGUGGCGGCGGAGGUGGGGUUGCGGUCACGGGAGGAAACGGCAAGGCUAAAGCCCAGCUACUGGAUGCCACCUCGCUUCACUUGGCGGUGGAGGCCUUUUACAAGCCUAACUUCAUCCUUUACAAGGACGACGUGAGCGGCAAGGGCAAGGAUUACAAAAGCGAGUGCUGCGAGACCACCUUCAUGGAGAAGAAAGACAAGGACGUAGCGGUGGAGACCCCCAGUACGGAGGACCCCCAGGCGAAACUGCUGGACGAAAACGAGGUGAAAAUCCAGACGGUGUCUUACGAGGUGGAGGAAGAGGAAUACGUGGAGUACGAGACAGAUUGCUCCAGCGACAGCGAGAGCGAGGACAACUUCAUCGUCAUCCCUCCUCGUGAUCACCUGGGCCUCGCUAUCUUCUCCAUGCUCUGUUGCUUCUGGCCUCUGGGCAUUGCUGCUUUCUACUUUUCUCAGGGGACCAGCAAAGCCGUGACCAAGGGAGACUUCCCAUUGGCCAGCAUUGCAUCUAGACGAGCCUUGUUCCUAGCCGCUCUCUCCAUCACCAUUGGGACGGGGGUCUACGUGGGCGUAGUGGUGGCCCUUAUUGCGUAUCUGUCCAAACCAGGCCACAUUUAGCACAGCCAGAGGAGGACUACAGAACUCCACGCUACUACACAACCGUCUUUUUCUAAAUGUCUCAUUCUCAUCCCUCCCCGUGGACUGCCUGUCCGCCCAAAUCAGAGAAAGGGAUGAACCAGAAGAGGAUGAACCAGAAGAACUGGGGACUUUAUCACCUCAGUCAUAAUAUAUAAAUGUAAGCUUCACCUUGUGUCACACCACACUGGAUAAAACUUAACUAAGUCUGAGAGCAGUUCAGGUGAACUACCGACAAAUAAGCAAUCCAAUUAACCAAACCCAAAGGGAAGCUAUUCCAAAGGACACAUGUAAGGAUCAAAAGGGACUAAGUGCCCUUGGAUUUGUUUUUCCCUUUCCAACUGUGCUUCGUUCCGAACCUUAAAGAGAAGUCAAGUCGUUCUCCGUUUCUCUCUCUCAUUACUUACUUACUCCGUUAAACCCUGUAUAUGCGUGUGGCCCAAUUAAACCAGCACUGCUGAAUAUACCAACUGCAGUCUGUGAGCACCAUUAAAAAGGACAGAAUGUUGUCCGAAGAAACACAGCUUUGUAUGUUAUAAAAGGCGAAUGUGGAGGUCAUACACAAAUGCUUAUAAUCACGAAACAGAAAUGCAGGACAAGAAAUAACUAAGACGAUGUGGUCCACAUCUAUGAACUGAAAUUCAUCUGUGAAAUUCAGCACCACUUAUAUACAACCUGUAUGUCGUCCCCACUUGUUUAGGGCUGUAUGCUUUGUGUUGUAUAUUCUUUGUAUUUUGUUUUGUCUAAAGUCCAAAUCUUCAUUUUGACCCAACAUAGGCUCCAAGAGUUAUGUGAUUGUAGAAAAACGAGAUAACAAGGAAAACAAAUGUUUAUUUUAUACCGGUAAGGAUUUGCUUGACUUUGACAGAUUCUCCCAGACGCCUGAACUGAACAUAAAUGAAAUGACUGUACAUGUGGAUGGUAUGGCGGCGUGUCCCUUCACUCCCCAGAUGCAUCACUUAAUGUCUCAUGAUUUCAAAAACAAAAAAUGCUGGCAAAACUCACAGACAGGUGGUUGAAAAAUACACUAUAUACUUUCCUCAAAUCCUAAGAUGGAUGUUUGAACAAAAAGGCAGGUUUUGUUUUCUGGUGAAAGGGACUCAGAUUGAAUCGAUUAAUAAUGUAUUGGAUGUCUCGAAGCUCGCAGGCAUGAGAACGAACACACGGGGGAUGUUGAGUUAAAGGUCACCUAGUCUAUUUCAACAAUAAUGGAGACUGAAUCUGGUGUAGUCAUCCGCAUAAGAACUUCAAAACAUGAAAACUAUGGGUUCUCUGGUGGCUAAAUAGUGAUUCAGGGUUGACCUAAAUUUCUAUGGUACAGACCUCCGCUGGAAACCAUCAGAAAUGAAAUGGGCCGCAUUUUGCUUCCCAUGGUGAUUUGAUAUACCCAAUAGCAAUGAAUACCCUGAUUCUACACAAGCUUAAAUAUUUACAGUGUGACGCCUUUAAGAGGUUGGAUUCCCAAAAACAUACACAAGUAUAAAACUCUUUCUUUUUCAGAAGAUUAUUGCAAGUAACCUCUUAAAGUUAGACUAAACUCUAGCCUCAAUUUAUUCUUAAGAGAAAAAAAAAAACUACUCUUGAAAAAAUUCCACAGGACUAGGCACAAAAACAGAAUACCUCACUUACAGUACUUACACAACUUACAGGUUGCAGAUGCUUUCUUUUUGAUUUCUGGAGAAAUAAAUUGACAAGGACUUGGUGUGGUGAUCCAUUCAUUGUGAAAAAGCAAACAGGUAAAGAUCAUGCAUUACAGUCUUCAUGUUAAAUUGUAAGUACAACUGAGCAACAGCAAGGAACAAGCUGUAAUUGGACUUAAGUUACUUCUGCCUGGAGUGAAGUAUCAUUAUUGCUAUUAUUAUACCGAUGAAUUAUUUCAAUGUGUAAAAAACGCACAUUGGACAUUGGACAUUGGACACUGUAAUAAAAAUACAAUAAAAAAAAUACAAAAAAAGGCAACAGAUCAGAGAAAAUGUGUACAGAAGGACAGGUUUCUAUUGGUGUUACCCUUACACUUAAUUCGUAUGACACCAAAACGAAGCACCUGAGAAUAAAAAUAAAUUCUCAUUUCAGAAGUUUUGUAGGUUUUUAUCCAAAUACACCACCCUUCACAUACUUGAAAUAGUAUGUAGCAAAAUGCACAGCAGGGAUAAAUAAUGCCUGUAUGGCUAAACGCAAACCUCUGCUGCUUCCUCUGAGCCUGUGGUGCAUAGCACACACUUAAGACCUGCCGGUUUUGUUGCGGUCUCUAGCAAAUGCAUUUCCACUGCAACCACCAAAGCGUUGAAAGCCAACGUGGGACACUUGCAGUCUCUCAGCGCAGGUCAUGCAUUAGUCAUACCUGACAUUUACGGUUCACAAUUAGCUUCCCAUAAUGGCUUUUUCCGUAGAAGUGUCUGGUCUCUGGAGCAUAGCUGGAAAUAGCAAUCGUUUUUUACAAAUAACACUGUAUGCUACUUUGCAACCACUGAAGCUUGACCAAGCAAAUCUUUGCUAUUUUUAAGCGCGGCGAAAAUAAGAUUAACACUUGGGUUACCAACCACAAAUUAGGGUAUCACACAUGCGAAAACUUAAAUUGGCUGAAAUGAAAAUGGGUUUUAUUUUCCGUCAAGGUCUCAAUUGAUGCUAACAUGCUAUCAAGCCAUUUAUGUUUUUUUUUCCCCCCUCGUGUGUUUGCAUCAUUAAUUUCUAAAUGACCAGUGUCAGUGUCUGCCCUCCCUUGAUUGUGUGUCAGCCAGGUCCUUUCCCCCCCCAUUUUACGUUUCCAUAGUGACUAGUCAUUUUCAGAUGUUCAUUUUAUACCACAUGCAAUGACCUACACUGUAAGAAUGCUGAGAUUAAAUGUGCGUUUUACCUUUGAACUUAGAUUGCAAUCAUCUCUAUCUGCUUUGUGUUUUGUCAUUGACAUUCUAAUGGAGGAAUGUCUGCUUCAAUGAGAGAGAGAGAGAGUUAAGUGUUUAUAAAGAAUUUCAGUGUUUUCCUGGUAUUGUAAUACUUUUUGAGUUUUCUCAUUCAUGAUCAGAAUGUGCUUGUGAGACAGUUACAAUGUAAAUACUGCAAACUAAAGACGAGAUGCAGCGGUAUAAAAUAAAUAAUUUCAGACAAAAAAUGAACUUGUAUCUGUUAAUGCAAAGGCUGGAUGUGUUUUUGCCUUUUGGGAAAAAAAUACAGUGUGGUCCUCAUGUGUGAAUCUCUCUUGUCAGGAACAAAACGCUAGUCAGACUAAACAGAAGGAUGAGUCAUAUUCGAGCAUAGCAGAGGUGUGUAUGGAGGUGUGAGGAUGAAGCUUCAUGUUUUUCCCCCCUUAUUUUCCAUAUAUCAACAUCUACAAAAUCCUUCAGUGGGAAAUCAUCGAGCAAUGUUAUAUAUUUGCAAUGCGAUUAGUUCAAUAUACAUUACUUAAAUUCAGCGAUUGUAAAGCCAGUCUGACACAAAUUUGUUUUUGAAUAGCUUGUGGUUUUGUAGGCAAUACAACAACAUUCAUUUACGGAGUCGGAUGAAUUGAUUAUUAAAUAAAUAACUGGCCUCAAGGGCUGAAUCAUCUACAGACCACA